AUGCCAUUAAUAAUAUUUCCAGGAGCUUUUCAGACCAAAUGCCUGGAGCGUCACUUCUGGUUGUCUGUCAGGUCCAGCUUCCUCGGCUCAACGACCCGUUUAGACUUCGAGGACGGGUCUGGUUACCACAUCCUGUCUGACCGGGAGGCCGCUCUCUGUGGCUACACCAUCCUGAUCAAUGAUGUCGGAGACCUGGUGUUCCGAGCCUCCUUCCGGGCCUGUCACGUCCACACCCAGACGGGCACCGACUAUCACCUGCGUGUCUGGUUUGUGAACCUCCAGGUGGAUGGGAAGGUGCUCGGGCUGCUCCCCCUCCAGCUCACCUGCUCCCUCCAGGAGCAAUGGAGCUCCAGAGAGAUCGUGUGUGAGGAAAACUACAUGGAGGUGUCCCUCUAUCUACCUGCCCUGGCUGUGAAAUCUGAAAAUGACGAGAAGGCAGAGAUGGCUGUGAUGUUCCACAGAUCGGACCGGCCGUCAGAAAGAGCGACGGUGUUCUCCCUGACUGAAGCUGCUGCUCUGAGCUACCACGUCUCGAUGAGUGGCUCACGUCUCACCCUCCGCUGCCCCUACUCCUCCCCUCUCUCCUACAUCACAAAGGUGAACGGAGUAGAUUUGGAGAUUGUCAGUGCAACCACGCUUUACCGACUCCAGAGCAACUUCCUCGCUGUUGACACCACUGUCGCCUGUGUCCAGAAUGAGGCGACAGCAGAUGGGUCGGACCUGUUGUGGACUCUCCCUUUCAUUCUUUCUCCUCUAGUUCACGGGCAGUUCAGGGACAGAGGCGUGAGGGUGGGGGUCAACGGCCGAGCUCUGAGUGAAUCUGACGCCAAAGAGAGACGAUACAACAUCGGCCUGAAGGAGGGGCGAGUGGAGGUCAGGAUUCCUACAGGAGCCUCUGGUGGACACAUCAAGAGCGGUGUUGUCAGGGGACAGUAUGGACAGCACAUGUCCGUCGAUCUGUUCUUUAUGAGGCAGUGGGCGGAUGAGCAUUGGCCUCUCACACAGCUCCGCUCCCUCAGGCUCCUGAAGACUCCACUCAUCCCUCAAACCCUUUUCUUAACCAGGAGUAACGCUUUUUUAGAUCUCAAUCAUAUUAAAGAAUUAAAAAUACAUCAAAUUACACACAGAAAACUCAUGAAUAGUUUCCAUUAUGUUGAAGGUAUCACUAUUACACAUCUGUCUCUCUUCACAGAAACAUCCGAGGGAUUAUUUUCUGUUACCUUAGGCAUGUUUGCUCCUGACGUCUCCAUCCAGAAGGUGACUGUAGAUGGUGGCGGUGACGUUUUAACCUGGACCCAAAGCCGCCAAACGCAGGGUGGCGCCGACAUUGUGGUUUCCAGACUCUCCCACGACAACGGGAGCAUCUCCUUCCAGCUCAGUUUCCUGGUGUCACACCCAAAAAUAAUCCCAGAGUUUAUAGGUGCUGGUUAUAAGACGUACAGCUUCACUUUCAUCUUUACUCUGAACAUCUCACCCAAUAAAGAAGUGUUUUACCAUCAAGUCGCCAUAGAGCAUAGUGUCGAGUACACAGCCCCAGAUUCACCCAGACUGGAGGGGAAGUGCACAGCGAGCAGCCUGCUGGUGCUGCUGCAUCACAGGGCCCAGGACGAGCUGCAGUGGGAGCUCUACCUCGGCCCCUGGAAGCUCGACUGGGAGCUGGUGGAGAUGGGCGGGUUCUUGGUGGAGGCUCAGGACGACUACUUAACUGUGGAGAUCCCUCUGAACAGCCCUGGGAUGAACUACGAGGAGUUGACCUUGUGGAGUCUCGUUGCCGGAGUGAACGUGUUCAUUGUGGAUGCAGAGUCUCUGAAAGUACAGGACAGCCUUCUCCACAAAUGCACGUUUCCUGUGACAGAACUUUUAGUGUGUUUGCCAGAAGGGAGAAUGAUGGCCGUGGUCGACACCACCCACACCAUCCCGCCUACUCACCCCAACCGGACCACUCUGCUGGACCCCAGCUGUGCUCCAAUGGAGACAGACAGUGCCAGAGCUCUGUUCAACUUCAGCCUGGACUCCUGCGGGACGACUGUCACUACUGAGGGGAAUUUCCUGCUUUACGAAAACCAGAUCAGCUACAACCAAGAUUUUCUGCCUCCGGAUGAUCCUAUCAUACACAGAGAUUCUCCGUACAGACUGACGAUCCAGUGUCGCUACCCUGCAAACGACAGCAGUACUCUGUCUAUCGAGCAUCCUGUGUACUCACCUCUGGACCUUUUACCCACAAUGCCGGUCAAUCGUACACGCAGGGAAGCCAACACAGGUCAAAGAAAAUGGAGGGUGAAUUUGUAGGAACAACAUCAAGUGAGGAUCCCAUGUCUCCAUCCUGCUGCUGCUCGUGCUCCACACAUUUGUUUCUACAUACUGGAACUGAAGCAAAUAAAUAACAGACUAGCAUUUUCUUUUAGUUUUAUAUCUGUCUUCUCUCUCUAUAUAUAUAUUUUUU